GAAAAAUCAAGCCUGUUUCGUUUUCAAUUCAGCCAUUUUUGAAAACUAAGCCUGUUUCGUUUUCAAUUGAGGCAUUUUUGGGAACUUUCAACAAUGAAGGAUGAAUAAUAUAGAUGAUAGUUUAAGCAACAGAAGAGUGCCAUUUAUUUACCAUACAUUAUUGUAUAAACUAGACAAUAUCCAUUUGAAGCUUAAGUGUCAAAGGAAAAGACACAUUCCACCUCAUUCCGACAGGAAAAAUGGGUUAGAAAUCCAGGAAUUACUCGGAAGUUCAGUUUUGAAAGUAUCUAAUACACCAGUGGAUUGUGCAUUGUCAAGUAUAAGUCAGGAGAUCAGGUAUGAUGAGAAAGAAACCGAACUGUCGGGAUAUAAAAGAUCGCUUGAAAGCGAGAACAAAGACAAUUCAUUUUCCAAUGACAAUAUCGGCAAUAAACAAAUUUUGUACGAUUCCGAUAGUGAUACAGCAAGCGAUUUAUCUAUAGACGGUUGUCGUGAAUCAUAUAACCAUUUAUCUCAAAGCAUUUCACAGAAAGACUACUCUCGUAGCGAUAAUCUAGCACAGGACUGUAGCUUUGGACCUGCUGGUAACAUCCAAGAACCUGUGACAUUAUAUGACAUUGAAAAUAAAUCAAAUAUUUCUGAAGAAUGGGAACUUGAACAGGUAAGACCUUAUUCAAAUGGCAACGAUGAGAUCUUACAAACACAUUAUGAAAAUGAAACCAAAGAAAGAAAAAAUAAAGCAUUACGAAAAAAGGAGAAGGAAUCAGAUCUAAAAACUGAAGACGAGAGAUCAAUAGAACUUAUGAAUACAGUUCAUAAAAGUUAUUCGGAAAAUUCGCAUACAGAUGAUAUUGAGAAUAAUAUAACAUUUCAGAGAGAAACAGUAUUAAAAUCAAAAAUUGGAAAUGGUGCAUGUCCAAAUGAACUAAAUGGUUGUGGCGCUUCUCAGUCACGAGUUAGUCCAACGUCGGCCCAAAAACUCGAAUCAACAAAUUGUCCUGAAGAUAAACCAGCGAUAGUAGAUGAUAAGAUAAAUGUAUUAUGUCCUUCCAAAAUUAGUGAUGCCAACUCGAUCAAAGAUUAUAAUUGUGGUUCAUCUUCCCUACUGACUGAUGACACAUUGCCUUCUAACCAUUCAGAAGUCCAGCAGACCAAACGUUCUUUAAUGAGCAGUCGAACUAGUCAAUCAAACAAUUCGAUAUCAGAAGGAGAACCCUGUAAUGCCGGCAUUCUAAAUGUACGUACAGGUGAUUGCAAUACUGAACUGGACGAAAAAAUUUAUCCUUUAAAGAACAACAAAAGUAGUGCAGUGAAUGAUGAGAUUUAUCAUAACACAUCUGUUAAGACAGAUAUGAAGACAUGUGAUUUAUCAGGAAAAUCUAGCAAUAGUCAGUCAGGUUCAGCAUCACAGUAUUUAAAAUUUAAAGAACAAGGCACCUGUUCCAAUAAAUUGCUUAAAAAUUCCCCAACCGGACGCCAGAACGGUUUAUUCGUUAAGGAAUUUGACAACUCAUUUAGUUUAAUAAGUGAUUUAUUGUCCAUUGGAUCUUCUCCAAAACGACGAGAAUCUGCAGAAAGUUUAAGAAAAGACAAAGCACAGAUAUUAUCCACCGGCAAAAUAUGUCGUGAAGAACGAUAUAAUCAAGAGACUGGAAAGUCCUCAAAGCUAUAUAAGUCCGAUACUUCUUGUAGCAAGUUUGAUCGAAAAGAUGAAAACCAGUGUACACUGGACACUGAAAAACAGUGUAUACCGGUCAAUGAAAAACAGUUCGUUUUAGAAAAUAAAAAGCAUUACAGAUCGGAUGAUAAAAACGGAAAAACACUGAAUAAUGAACAACAGACACCAGAUAAUGAAAGGCAGUACAAAUCGAAUAAUGAAAAAGACAGCUUAGAUAAGACACUUACAGAAACAGACUAUGGAAAAUCCAAGACAAACUAUAAACGAAACCAUUUCUUUGCUUCCUCUUUACCUGAUAUUAUCAAGUCAAGUGGAGAUGAUAAAAAAGACUGGAAUCUAUCUAUGGACGAAAAGAGACCCCGUAAUUUACAAAUGACAAAAGAGUCUAAUAAAAAAUUAAAUGAGAUUGAUUGUUAUAAUAGCCUGAUAGCUAAACUUGAACAUAUAUCUAAAUUAUCAAAAAAAAUGAACGACGAAAAAACGAAACUUGACACAAGAAAUCGUAAAUGUAUAAAAGAAUUUAAAGUUACUAGAAAUGCAACAACCUCCAUUUUAGAUAACAUUGGUAAGGAUAACGAGGAAGACAAACACACUACAAAAACGGUAAAUGAAAGUACACGGUUACUGAGGAAUGGUGCAAUUAACACCGACGCACAAAUAGACAAUUGUGAUACAUGUUCAGUUAUAUCACAAAAAUAUACUAGUUUUCAGGGAAAACUAACCGAUUCAUCGACAGAAUAUCAAGACAAAAUUCACAAUGCAUUGCCAAUUAAUGAACACAAAACAAGCAUAUCACAAACAGAAGAGCAAAAUACUGACAAAACUGAAAUAGCAAAUCAAUCACAAAAAGGAUUAAAUCGUUCAUUUGAAAAAUCGCAGAUGCCCAAGUCAGAUUUUGAACUCGACAACAGGCUAAUCGAUGAAGUUGGUGUACAGCCAUUUCGAGGAAAAGACGACGGCAUAAAAACAAAAGUUCAUAAACAACUUAGAAGUCAAGAGGGAACGAAGGCUAAAGUCAACGAGUUAGUUCAAAAUGGUGCCACUGCUUACGACGAAAGAAUAAAAUCUGAAGAUCAUAUCCAAACAAAAACACUGAAAGUCGAUGAGCGCAUUACAUACGACUCACCGACACAAACUGUUAUAGAUGCCGAGCGAUCGAAUAACAAGAAUCCAACUCAAAACCAAACUACAAUGUACGUUAUUCCAGAUGAGCUACCUUCAGAUGAAAAGAUUACAGACAUUCAGCAAACUACAAGUAUUGAAACGGAUAAGGAAACAAUAUCUGGUAUGGAAAAGAAAACUACAGUGCAAAGGGAAAGAAAUUUGGAAAUUAUAAGCACACUUCCUGAAAAAUCAAUUACAACAGAAACUAUUUCAGCUCCAAUUAUAAUCAAACGACUUGAGAGACCUGAUACUUCAAAAUUGAAAAAGAAAGAUAAAAAAGGAGAUCAAAGAAAAGAUCCGUACGCUUCCUUUCCAUUCAAAGUUCUCCCAAGUUCAUCAGUAGGUUCCAAAUAUUUUGAAGAUUUCUCACCUAAAGUUAUUGCAGAAAGCUUGGCAAAUCUCCCAAUGAUGGGCGAAAAAGAUGUUCAGCUACCCUGUCCAACUUGUAAAAAAAAUAUUUUCAUCGACGGAAAAAUUGUCAAAAGUGAUUGUAUGGACCCGGUUCAUCAGAUGUUAAUGCAGAUACCAUCCUUACAGUCUGUAGCUGAGAGACAUGGUUUGGUUGUACGGAACAUUGCCGGUGAUGGAAACUGUAUGUUUCAUGCUGUCAUUGACCAGCUAAGAAUUGCUGGAGACUUUACAUUCAACAAAGACACACUCAGAUCAAAAUCCGUCGAGUAUCUUAGAGAAAACCCUUGUCAGGAAGAUGGAUCUCAUCUGAUGUGCUUCCUUUCUACUGAAUCAUGGGAAGAGUAUUUGAAUCGGAUGCACAGAGACGGUGAAUGGGGUGACCAUAUGAUACUGAAUGCCAUUACAGAAGUGAUUGGUAGAACUGUAACCGUUCUGAACAAUUCUGAAAAUGUCACUCAUUUGUUUCCACACACUGUAACCUUGUCUGAUGAAGUCACCUUAGAUUCGGUGUACCUUGGACAUGUUGGAAUGCAUUAUGUUAGCUUAAGGCCUAAAGACUGGGAGAAAACAUGGGCAAUGAAUGCCAAAAUACGUCGAAUGUCAAAAUAUUUAGAACAACGUCAAGAAGGGCCAGACAUUUCUAAGGAUACAACAGUAGGUUCUUUGAUUGAUGUAGACAGCUUACAAUACGGGCAACUCUUCAGAGGAAAUACUGAUCUUUUGGAUUCGUUGAUUAAAGAUGUCGACUUUGUUGAACCUGUAAGCAGAGUACCGGUCAUGCAUUUGUCAUUUGUUAUGAAAAAAAUGCUCCGAUCGGAUUUCUUCAGUCUUCCACAUCAUCAUCCCCUUACUGUAUCAGGUGACGCAGAUUUGAAGUGUGCAGAAAUAGGCAGCACUAAGAUAGGUCUAAAUGUUAGAUUGAUGAACUUCACUCAGCCAAUGAGAGAGCAAGUAAAGGAUUUGACAGACAUUUGUACUGCGGAAUACAUCUUGCUUCCAUCUGAUUCUCACUACAAAGUUGUUGAUAAUGAACGUGAAAUGCCAAUUUUCAAUGAAGAUGGCGAACAACACUAUCUUGUUAUUGAUACUGACCAAACCCACCCAGGAUACUGUCGAUUGAAAGCGAAAGUUCCUAUUAAAUAUUCAGGCGAUUCAAAGGGUGGUUUAAUAACCAAAUGUCUCAGUGGUAAAUGGUUUAUAUAUAGAGUCCCAGCAAAAUUGUCGCGAAGUGAUACUUCAAAAGUCGACUAUGUUGGUGGGUUUGAUUAUGGAAACUGGCCGUUUGAAGCUUACCAUUGGAAAAGCCGUGAUCGUUCUGCUGUAUGGCCUCGUAGAGAAAUCGUAGAAAAAGUCUGCAAAUCGGGUUGCUAUAUUAGACACAAAUCACACCCGGGAAGUUUCGAGAAGGAAGUAGAGUUUCAGUAUAUUUUUACUAAAGCAGAAGAAAUUCUAGUGAACGAAGAAAUGACUGAUGAUAUGCGAUACUGUUUUUAUGUAUUUAAAGCAUUGAUGAAGUUUCAGACUAAAAAUGCUGGUUUCCACUUGCCAAAUUACCUUAUGACAACUGUACUGUUGUACGCCUGCGAAUCUAUUCCAGCUGACACAUGGCGGAAUAGCUGUGGCGGAUGUGUAUUGUACAUGAUAAACCUGUUCCAUUCAUGGUUAAGACAACAUUACUUUCCGCAUUAUUUUAUUAAGCAGAACAAUAUGAUUGAUCACUGGAACAAACGUGACGUCGAUAAGCUUUGUGAGUCGACUGAGUCGCUCAGGCUUUUUCCGUGCAUGGUUAUUCACUUCAUAUGCGAAAACUAUGGUAUGGGGACGUGGACAUGGAUAAUAGACUCUGUUAUGGCAUCUAGUAAGAAAUUCAAAGACGACAAAGAUGCCUGCUGGGUUGUUGAAAACGUGUUUAAUCCUACAACAUUUUAUUAUUUAGGCCACUUCUUAACCAAUCCAAAAUAUAGAGAAUUUGUUUUUCUCCAGCUGACCGAAGCUUUCGAACAAAAUUUAAUUUGGACUGGAAAUAGCUUUGAUUUUAAAGCCUUUGUUGAUGAAUUUCUUUUAACAGUUGAAGGUGGAAAAACAAGAAAAGCAUUUACAGAUUUUGUAGAAAAGGAACUUAAUGUUGUAUUGAAACAAAACAAUUCGAAAUAUAUAACUUUUGCCGAUUUCUUAGGUCCUGAUUAUAACGGAAAAUACGGAAAACAUCGGCUAAAAUCGUCGUCUAAGCCUGAAGAACCAAUAGAAGAUUUCGUUUUUUCGCUGCUUAUUAAGAAUGAGUUCGAACAAAUUACACAUAUCGUUCGCUGUCUGAUCAGUAAAACGCGAAAAUCUAUUGAAACUGCUACUGUAGACGUGGGUGAUAUAGAGGACACAGAACUAAAGUCUCAGAUCGUAAAAUCCAACUUAAAACAAACAACCGAAUAUUUGACAAAGCUUCAGAAAUAUUAUUGGAUGAUGGCAAUCUGUUUUACAAAGAUGGACAAAGUACAACUUUUUCAGGAAUUCAUUUUGGAGUACGAAGAGGUCAUUGAACAAAUACCGAAAAAAAAUCAUGUUGCCUACCUUUCAAGUAUGUGGAAAAAACUUAACAAUCCGGAAAAGGCCAAGGAAGUUGAAAGAAAAAUGGAAUGUUUACUUGAAGAAGAAGAGGACCACGAAUUUUCUAGAAAUCUGGUGAAACUUCUUAUUAAGCUAAGUUCGUAGGAAUCAAAUGGAAUGAAAAUGGUUAGAAGCCAGGUAUCGGUUCAAUUGAUUGGUUCGGUAACUGUAAAAAAAAAAUAACAUUUUCUGAUUUAUACAUUGACUUUUAUUUCUAAAAAAUUAUUGUUGAAUAUUGAUAAUUUAAACGAAUAUAAUUUUAUUAGAUUGAUAAAACUGACAAUAAUGCCAUGAGUCUUUUGUAGACGAAACGCGCGUCUGACGCAAAUACAAAAUUUCAAUCCUGGUAUCUAUGUGAUGAGUUUAUGUACGUCAAGUAGGUUCACCUUAAAAGAUAUUAAGGCCAUCAUUUCCAACAAAGUUGAAAGACGUAAAUAUUACAUCAAUUGUAUUAGAAUUAACUUUUUUUUGAAAAAAAAUCAAAGAUUUUCGUGUAGACUUUGUUUCAUGACGUCAAUUUGACUAAAUUCAAAUAUUACACAAAAAUGUUUUACAAAUAUCAAUAGUUAUGUUGUUCUAUAAAAUUAAAGCAGACAGGGCUGUUGACAACCACUAUCUUUAUGAAAUAUUGUGACGAGUUAUUGGUUCAACAAAUGUAUCAACAAAGUGGUCUAUGUACUUGUUUUAAUAAAUUCUGUCAAAAACCAUCUACAGUUUGCUGAUUUGAGCUGGAUUUUUUUCCAUCAUAGUGAUCACAUGGAUUUUAACACAGUUUAUGGUGUAUGAUUCUAUCUUACCAUCCUCUCAGCUAGAGUACUUAAUAAGGUUUCAUUCACAUAGAAGCUUUUUCUUCACGCUUAAUUUUAAAUUAUUUGUUAAUUUAUUAUGUGAAUAAAAGGACUUAAAAUUA